UGGUGGGUGCUUCUGAUUCCCCCUAAAGCCACCUCAGCACCCCUUCUCCCUAGCCAGAGGCCUGGUCACUAGGGCUAGGUUCUGACUGGCCAACAAGGGGCAAGAGGCAGCUCUUUUAGGGUUCUCUAGGCCCCUAGUCUCCAGCUCCCCUCAACAUAUAUACUUCUCCCUCUAUGCAAAGGCUGGGGGAAACUCUAGCAUUCUGACUCAUGCCUCUGCUCUCCUCCUCAUGCCCUGAAUGGACCCCAUAACCAACCCAGCCCCUUCCCCUCUUCCUCCAGACCCCCCCCCCACCCCCACUCCAGGGUUAAAGCUGCAGCCCGUUGCCGAGGUAGCAUUGCGGGGCAGCAUCCUGUCGCCCGGCAACCGGCUGCAGAAUCAGGCACCUGUCCCUGGAUUUGCCCCUCCAGCAUCCCCUCCCUGUCUAGCCCCUGCCUCAAGGCACCUUAACUUCUGAGGGGAGAAAUGGAGAGGGCCUGGGGUGCAGGGGUCUCCCCCACUACACAAAUCCUGCUAGAAUGAGAUGUUGAAGGGAGGGUAAGGUGCUGGGCUUGUGCAGUCCCAAGAAAGACCCAAGUCUGGCCUGGGGUGGGAGUUCAGUGCCAUGAAAUUACAGCUCAGGAGUGAUUAACACGUAUAAACAAACCCACCACUUCCUGCUAAUUAAUGACUUGGUAUUUUUAUUUUCUCUUCCUUGUCUAUCUCAUCCCUUCCAGGGAGGUGGGAACUGGGACUCCUGAGUCCCUGAGGAGAACCUGCCUGGGAGGGAUAAACAGCUGGAAGGGGAAGUACUAGGAGUCUGGCUCCCAGUGACUAUGUGGAGGCCGGGCGGCCCAGGCAGUCCUGGGACCUGCGGCCAUGGGUGAACAAACCCACUACCGAGCCCAGCCGUGCUCUGGCACCAACCCCAGGAAAUGCCAGGAACUAGGAGACUCAAUUCUUCUGAUCCUGGGCAGCUUCAUCUUGCUCAACGUGGGGAUCAAUGUGGUGACUCUGCUCUGGAGGCAUCUGAAGAGCUCCUUGCGGACACUCUUCCAUCAUGUUUUCCCCAAAAACAAGCAAGCCAGCUGUGUAGGCAGCCAUCGCAUGUGCAUGCGCUGCUCCGUGGAUCCCAAGAACCUGUGCUCAAGAGAUCCUUCCCGCUUCCGCCAUCGCCCAAGCUUCCUGCUCGGGCACCCAAACCACCUUGACUCGUGGAUGCCAGACACAAAACAUGAGAAGGCUUCUGGGUGCUGCUGGAUGCCGCCUCAGUGUGGACGGGCUGGGGCUCCCAUGGAGGCUCCACGGGGACUGUGGAAGGAGAGGGUAGUGGGAGCUGGCGAGGCCCCUCUGGUCACAGCCUUAAAGUCCCGAGCCACCUUUUACUCCAGGCAAGAGACAUCUUCCAAGCUCCGCAGGAUGAGCAAGGUGGACGUGCUUCCACUCCGCCUGCCCCAAGAGAGCAAGACGAAGACCCCAGACUAUGACCCAGCCCAGGCCCCAGCCCGGGCCCAGACCCGCCCCCCAGUUCAGCCCCCUGCGCAUGCUCCUGCCAAGGCCCAGACCUUCUCCUCAGCCCACCCCCCUGAGCACACCCCCCCCAGGCCGAGACCUUCUCCCGAGGCCACGCCCAUGAGCACACUUCCGCCCAGGCCCAGGCCUUCUCCCCAGUGGACCCCACUGGGCACACUCCUUCCAAGGCCUAGAACUUCUCCUAAACCCACCGCUGAGCACGCGCCACCUCAGGCCCAGACUUGCUCCACGUUCCACCCCCCUGAGCACACCACCCCCCAGGCCCAGACCCCCUCCCCAGCCCUCACCCCUGAGCACAGCUCUGCCCAGGUCCAUGGCCCUGAGCAUACCUCAGCCCAUACCCCAGCCCAGGCCCAAGCCCAGGCCCCCUCAAAUGCCUCAGCCCAGUCCCUGGGCCACACUUCUGUCUGCACCCUGACCCAUGCUCAUCUGACCUAUACCCAUGCCAACACUCUGGUCCCUCCCCCACCUUCGGCCCCAGUCCCUCCCCCAACUUCUGCCCCUGCUACUACUCCUGCCCUAGCCCCUACACCAGCCCCUGUCCCGAUCUCUGCCACAACCUCUGUCCCAGUGCUGGUCAUGGCCCUGACGACCACUCCAGUCCCUUCCACCACCCCUACCCCCAUCCUAGCUUCUAUUCCCUCUACCUUGUCUGCCUUCAGCCAAGGCCUCUCCUCCGGCCAGGUGGUCUACGAUGCCCGCAGGGUAAAGCAGAACGUGGUCCAUGUGUGUCCCCCUCAGAACUCGGGGUACUCCAGAAAGGACUUGGGUACCGUCUCCAGGCCCCAAGAGGGGCAUGGUCUGGUGAGCUCUGGUACAGCUGAGCAAACACUGAAGCAAUGUAGUGGGGACAGUGCCAAGCCCUCCACAGGAUCCAGACUGGGUUACCUGGAGUUGGGGACUAUGGAAUGGAAGAUCUCAAAUGAUGCCAAAGACAAAUUUGUGCAGUCCAAGACCUUCCCUUACUGCAGCUUCCAUCCUUGCAGUUCUGAGAAGAGAAACACGGACCCCCAGGCUCCAGUCUACCCCCAAUUCCUGGUGUACUCCAAGGGUGCUGCACCUUCUCAACCUUGCUUCCAUUCUCCAACCAGUGCCCAGAGCUCACCAUGCGCCAUGCCUCCACCAUGCACUCUUUCUCUGCCUCUUGUUUCUCCCAGAUCCUUUGUCCUUCAUCAACACAGCAACCACCAGAAGCCCUCCGCCUUAAUACAACCCCCCACCUUUCCCCCAACCUCCACGUCUCCUCCGUCUGUCCUCUCUUCCCAGGGCCCCAUCCCUCCCCAGUUAUCCACGACGUCCCAAACCCCAAACCAGCCCCAACCCCCUGAACUUCGUGAGAGUCUAGGCCUCAACCAAGGCUCUGUCCUCCAAAGGACCCCAGGCCCUUUAAAAGACUGUAGAGUUUCCAGAAACCCAGGCCUUACCCCAAAUCCAGGCCUCCACAAGAACCCUCUAGGAACUGACUCUGUCCAAGCUUUGGGCCCACAUCAGACCCGAAAGUUAUUUAGAUCUGAGGCAGUUCCUCGAAAGGAGGAUGCAGGGCAGCACAUACCAUGGACUUCUGUCCCACCCAGUCAGAACUCCUGCUCUCCCAAGGCUCAGUUGACCUACAAUGACCUGCAAACCUUCUCAGAGGUACCUGUGCUGAUUGAGCUGCAAUCAUCCUCCCGGCGAGCAGGCAGCCAAGACUGGGUGUACCACCCCAUGGAUACAGUUCCUCCAGCCUGCCAGAACUAUCGCCAGAUGUCUACGCCUCCCAAGACCAGCUGGAAGCCCUACUGUCCUGGGUCAGGCACCCGGCUAGGGCAUGGGGUCUUUGACGCCCGCCAGAGACAGUUCAGAGCGGGCAGGGACAAAUGCGAAGCUCUGUCUCCCAGGCGCCUUCACCGAGAGACAUCCAACAACUCACCGGAGACCAUCAAGGAGUGGGGAUAUCAGGGGACAGAUAUGCAUGAGGAAUAAAGAGACAAGAGACGUG